GGAGCCGAGGGGAAGAAAGAGGCGGAGGGAAGCUCCAGAGCACAGCGAGGUCCUGGAAGCGAGCGCGGUAAGGGGACCACGAUAGUGGGUCAACGAGGAAGCUGCGUCCACUCAACUAGAAGAGAAGCAAAGACAAGGUCAUCAUGGCUUCAGUGUCCACACAUGAAAACCAAGAAAAAGGUCCCCAUUUGCCACCACCAAGCAAGCAGAGUCUGUUGUUUUGUCCAAAAUCAAAACUGCACAUCCACAGAUCAGAGAUUUCAAAGAUUAUCCGGGAAUGUCAAGAAGAAAGUUUCUGGAAGAGAGCUCUGCCUUUUUCUCUUGUAAGCAUGCUUGUCACCCAAGGACUGGUCCAUCAUGGUUAUUUAGCAGCGAAUCCAAGAUUUGGUUCAUUGCCUAAAGUUGCACUUGCUGGUAUCUUAGGAUUUGGCCUUGGAAAAGCAUCAUAUAUAGGAGUGUGCCAAAGUAAAUUCCAUUCCUUUGAAGGUCAGCUGCGUGGAGCUGGUUUUGGUCCAGGGCAUAAUAGGCACUGCCUGCUUACCUGUGAGGAAUGCAAAACGAAGCAUGGAUUAAGUCAGGAGAGAAGUUCACAGCCUUCAGCUUCCUAAACUCUGCCUUUGUGGGCGCUGAAGUUUCUAAAAGCAUCUGAAUUUGUACACCUUUAAAAUGUCAGGUGUACUUUAAAAUAACUUACUUAUUGUGGAACAGCAACAUUGUGAUUCUCUUGCUCUGUUGAAAUGCUUUCCUGUUAAUUCUCAAUCAAAUUGAGCAUUCCAUGUUUUCUGCUGUUUAAGAACAUGUUGGGAGCAUUCAUAUACCAAACAACAUUGCAUUGCAUUCUUAUUUCCUUACAGCUAAAUGAAAGAGUUUGAAGUCUUCUCUGAUUCACCCGCAUUCACCCCCAUUUCAUACUUGCUUUUGUUCAGGGUUUUAAGAUCUCUGAUAGAGAACAGGAAUGAAUGCUGAGAAACUUGGGAGUUCAUGCUCAAAGAAAACCAAUGUGUAUGGAGGUAGAAAUACAGAAAUACAAGAAAGACUGUGUCUAUGGGAAGUGGUUUCUAAAAUGUAGAAAAAUAUUUAACUUAAUGAAAAAUAUUUCAUUUGAGAGCAUUACAGUGUAAAUCAGCUGUCCUUUUAGUGACCUUAGUGAUUUUAUGUCUGCCCGGUAUGGUGAAGUUUUGGAAAAGCUGGCUGUUUCAGGUUACUUGCUUAGCUCAUGGUCACUUCUUGAGAACUAGGGCUCUUUUAUAUGCUGCUGAUGGCUUUAAAGAAUAAACACAACUUCUCCAAAUGUCCCUCCGGAACAGUUUGCAUAUUUCUGGGAAGAAUCACUGGAAGAAUUAAUUCAGACACUAAUAAACUUCAGGGUUUUAAGGGAGCUCAGAGGGAGCCAAUCCAACCCCAAGAGUUGCAUUCUUAUUCUCAUGCCAGGUUUUUUUUGCAUGAAGACAAACUCUCCCACAGGGGACCUUUUGUCUUUGUUAGGUUGUCUGAGCGCUACAUGAAAACUUCUGCAUCUUUGCACUUUCUCAGGAAAAUGCUUUAUAUAUGUGUCACCAUUCAUUUAAUGAAGGUGUGUAUAUGUACACUUUACGUUUUACUUAAUUCAUCUUAAAAACUGUAUCAUGGAGGUAAAAAGGAAAACCUCAUUGAAAGUUAAUGCUUAAAAAUAAAAAAAAAAUUCAAAGAGAAAAAAAUUAA